AAGGUCUGUGGGACGGGUCGCUGCGCCCCCUCGCGGCCGCCGGGGAAGGUGGCCUGGGGCUCCGCUGUUCCAGGACUUCGAGCGGGGACCUCGCGUACCCGAUCUGGGAGUAACGCGAGGGAGCGACGCCGGCAGCUCGGAGCAAGGAGGCGUUCGUCCGAUUAUGAAGGUUGUCCGUGCCCUGUGACCAGGCGUUGAAAGGUCGCCCCCGCUUGGUCCCCGGAGCGCUGCACUGGACGUGAGGGCCCCGCCCGCCCUGCGCGCGUCAUCCUUGUGUGCGCAGGCGUGCAGGGGCCGCGCAGCCGCCAUUGCUCUCCUGCUGCCGAGCGAAGCGGCCUGUUAGUAGAAGUCCGCGAGCGCAGAAGGAAGGGGGUUUCAUGCUCAUCUCACCGAGGUUUCUGGCUUCCCUGUAGCACCCACCCUGGAGCCAUGGUCCAUGCCUUCCUCAUCCACACCUUGAGGGCCCCACAGGCCGAGGACAUGGGAUUUUGCCGAGUGCUCUACUCCUGCGUUUUUGGUGCUGAGAAUCUACCCGAUGACCCACGGCCACAUGGUGCUGAGAGAGACAGGCUCCUCCGCAAGGAGCAGAUUUUGGCUGUGGCCAGGCAGGUGGAGUCCAUGUGCCAGCUGCAGCAGCAGGCAUCCGGCCGGCCCCCUACAGACCUGCAGCCCCAGUCCUCAGAUGAGCCAGUGCCCCUGCAUGAAGCCCCACAUGGGGCCUUCCGCCUGGCGGCAGGGGACCCGUUCCAGGAGCCUCGGACAGUGGUGUGGCUGGGUGUGCUCUCAUUAGGCUUCGCUCUAGUGCUGGACGCCCAUGAGAACCUGCUGCUGGCUGAGGGCACCCUUCGGCUGCUGGCUCGCCUCCUCCUCGACCACCUCCGGCUGCUGGCCCCCGGCGCCAACCUCCUGCUGCGAGCUGAUCGCAUUGAAGGCAUCCUCGUCCGCUUCCUGCCCCAUGGGCAGCUGCUCUUCCUGAACGACCAGUUUGUCCAAGGUCUGGAGAAAGAAUUCAGUGCUGCCUGGCCCCGCUGACCCCUCACUGGGAUGGGACUUUCCGAGAGGGCAAGGAGGGAGCAUGGGGAUGUUGGAACGCUCAGCCAGGUGAAACUUGGCUUUUGCUUCCUGCCCCGCCUGCUCCCAGCUCUGGUGUGCUGCCACACCCAGGACAAGUGGAUGGGACAAGGUGGCAGAAAAGGUGGAAGGGAGGAAUCUCAGGGAGCUGCCGCAUGACUUACUCAGACUGCUGCUGUGGGCCAGCCCUGCUUGUCUUUAACCCUACUUUCUCCCAUCCCCACCGGCGAUCCCCAAACAGCCCACCAGCCCCGAGUGCUGGGGCAGGAGGAACAGCUACCUGGAACUCAGCCCACCUACUUCUUCCAAAGCCAGUCAUUGCAGUGCAAAAGGAGUCUGAGACUCCCAGGUGGGGGAUCUGGCCCCUGCCUUUGCACCCACUUAAGCAACAUCGUCAACAAGGAUUUUGUCGGUGAGGACCUGCUUGGUGUCCAGCCCCACCACAGUUCACAGAUGUGUCAGUCGUUCACCAGGGGAAGAUUCUGUAGGUCCUUUUGGGCGCAGCCCAUGCCCAUCAGGCCGCUUUGAGAGAAUGAUGGGCUUCCCUGGUCCCCAGGGAGAGAAAGUGCCGUCAGAUGGGUGCAAGAGGUCUGGCCUGGAUGAUGUUAUUGUUUUCAUUUUGAAUUAAAAGCACCAACUGUGUGAUUUCACCCUCUAUCUCUGUGAAUAUGAUUAAUGCAUAUGCUGCUGCAAGUGAGCGCCUUUCUGUACGGUUCUGGGCUGGGUGUUUGAG